ACUUUUAAACAUCAAGAUUCUUUCAAUACUCUAAAAGAAAAAAUAAUCUCUACCCCAGUACUUGCUCAACCAAAUCUGAAAAAUAAGUUUAUUUUACAAACUGAUGCGUUAGACAAAGGUCUUAGAGUCAUAUUCACCCAAAAAGAUGAACAAGACUAUGAAUACCCCAUUGUUUAUGCUAGUAAAAAACUUUUUAAUUUGAAUUAA